AGGGGCCGGGAGACCCCUCCCGGGGCGCGGCGGCGGCGGCGACCCGGCAGCGCAGGCUGCACCGCCCCGGCUGUCAAGCGAGCGCUGGGGGCGGGCAGGAGGAAGGGGUGGAGGUGCAAGGGGAGGAGGGCUGGCACCGGAGCGCCGCGGUGUCGGUGCAAUAAAAAUGCAUCCCAUGGAACUGCCCAUGGAGAAGGACGGGACCGAGACGCGGCAGCGAGAGGAGGUGGUAAAAGCGGAGGAGGACGCCCGGGAGGCAGCGGCGGCAGCGGCGGCCGGGAAGUGAAAGGUCUCGCAAAGUUCAGCGGCUGCUGCGGGCGCUGAGCCCCCGGCUAGCGGCGGAGAAGCCCGCGGGACCGCUCCGCAGGGGCUGCGCGGCCAGGCCGGCUAUGGUCCGGGGGCUCCCGUCGCCCCUGAGGUGCCCGGGCCCCUCCAGGCCGGUGCGCGAGGGUCACCCCACCGCCCGGCGCGGCCCCGGCCCGCGGCUCCCAGCAGCCGGCGCCCACUGACCGAGCUUGGCGCCCCAGGAGGGGGAAGAAAUAAAGAGCCCCAGUUCUUCCCGAGGACUGUUGGCGCUUCAUCCCACAACCGAGAGGGCUCAGCUCCCUCCCGCACCCGCCCGGCCCGGGUCCUCCCGGCUCCUCCCGGCCAUGGGGAGCUGCGCGCGGCUGCUGCUGCUCUGGGGCUGCUCCGCGGUGGCCGCAGGACUGAGUGGAGUCGCUGGAGUGAGUUCCCGCUGUGAAAAAGCCUGCAACCCUCGGAUGGGAAACUUGGCUUUAGGGAGAAAACUCUGGGCCGACACCACCUGUGGCCAGAACGCCACUGAACUGUACUGCUCCUACAGUGAGAACGCUGAUCUGACUUGUCGGCAGCCCAAAUGUGACAAAUGCAAUGCCGCCCAGCCUCACCUGGCUCACCUGCCAGCCGCCAUGGCAGACUCAUCGUUCAGGUUUCCCCGCACAUGGUGGCAGUCUGCUGAGGAUGUGCACAGGGAAAAGAUCCAGUUAGACCUGGAAGCUGAAUUCUACUUCACUCAUCUAAUUAUGGUGUUCAAGUCCCCCAGGCCAGCGGCCAUGGUGCUGGACCGGUCCCAGGACUUUGGGAAGACAUGGAAGCCUUACAAGUACUUUGCCACGAACUGCUCAGCUACAUUUGGGCUGGAAGAUGAUGUCAUGAAGAAGGGAGCUCUUUGCACUUCGAGAUACUCCAGUCCUUUUCCGUGCACUGGAGGAGAGGUUAUUUUCCGAGCUUUGUCACCGCCAUACGAUGCAGAGAACCCUUACAGUGCCAAAGUGCAGGAGCAGCUGAAGAUCACCAACCUCCGCGUGCAGCUGCUGAAACGGCAGUCUUGCCCCUGUCAGAGGAAUGACCUGACCGCAAAGCCUCAACAUUUUACACAUUACGCAAUCUAUGAUUUCAUUGUCAAGGGCAGCUGCUUCUGCAACGGCCAUGCUGAUCAGUGCGUACCUGUUGACGGCUUCAGACCGGUCAAGGCCCCAGGAGCAUUCCACGUGGUCCAUGGAAAGUGUAUGUGUAAGCACAACACAGCAGGUACCCACUGCCAACACUGUGCACCAUUAUACAACGACCGCCCUUGGGAGGCAGCUGAUGGCAAAACGGGAUCUCCUCAUGAGUGCAGAACCUGCAAGUGCAAUGGGCAUGCUGAUGCCUGUCACUUUGACAUUAGCGUGUGGGAGGCGUCAGGCAAUCGCAGCGGUGGCGUCUGCAUUGAUUGUCAACACAAUACGGAAGGUCAGCAUUGCCAGCGAUGUAAGCCAGGCUUCUACCGGGACCUCCGGAGACCCUUCUCUGCUCCAGAUGCUUGCAAAAUGUGUUCCUGUCAUCCAGUCGGAUCAGCUGUCCUUCCUUUCAGCUCAGUAACCUUUUGUGACCCCAGCAAUGGUGACUGCCCUUGCAAGCCUGGGGUGGCAGGACCACACUGUGACAGGUGUAUGGUGGGAUACUGGGGCUUCGGAGACUACGGCUGCAGACCCUGUGACUGCGCAGGGAGCUGUGACCCACUCACAGGAGACUGCAUCAGCAGCAGCACAGACAUAGACUGGUAUCAUGAAAUUCCUCACUUCCAUCCCCUGCACAAUAAAAGCGAACCAACCUGGGAGUGGGAGGAUGAGCAAGGAUUUUCUGCACUUCGACACUCAGGUAAAUGUGAAUGUAAAGAACAGGUGUUAGGAAACUCCAAGGCAUUCUGUGGGAUGAAAUAUUCAUAUGUUUUAAAAAUAAAGAUUUUAUCAGCUCACGAUAAAGGAUCUCAUGCUGAGGUCAAUGUGAAGAUAAAAAAAGUUUUAAAAUCUACCAAAUUGAAAAUUUUACGAGGAAAACGAACAUUAUAUCCGGAAUCAUGGACUAACAGAGGUUGCACUUGUCCAAUCCUCAAUCCUGGUUUGGAGUACCUUGUGGCAGGACAUGAAGAUGUAAGAACAGGCAAACUAGUCGUGAAUAUGAAAAGUUUUGUCCAGCACUGGAAGCCAUCUCUUGGAAGAAAAGUCAUGGAUAUUUUAAAAAGAGAGUGCAAGUAGCAACAAAGGUAUAGAGCUGGUAUAGCGCACAUAAUGGCACUUCUCUACAUAUGAAACACAAACUUAAUGGAAAGGAGACCUCAAAAACAAAACUGGAAUUUUUAAAGUGCCAAAAUAUAUAGAAAUAUUCCAAUGCAUGGGCCUAGUCUAACCUGUCUCUUGGGGGGCCAGAUUUAAAUACAGUUUGCUUCAUAAAGACAAAUGAAAAAUCCUCUAUUGAUACCUGCCUCUUAUGGGACUGAUUCUGUAAUUCGUAACUAUUAAGGGUAUUUUUAAUAGCAGUAUGAUAUUUAGCAGUAAUCCACUAAAAGCAGUACAUCUAACAAGGAUUCCUUCCAGCUUCAGAUAUGUUACUUAUAUUUGUGCUACUUAAAGUAAUCAAGGAUGUUUUAAGGACUCCCCAACCCUACUAUCAAAAAAAAAGGUUUUUCUUAAAAAAGAGCCUUUUGUGUGAUGUGUGUGAACUUUGGUCUGCGGAGUGUUAAAUGGAACCUCCCCACAUGUAUAUAGUAUUUCCUUGUAUAAAGCACUUUACUACCUACCACUUGUGUUGAGAAAGUUUGAAGAUCAUGUUGGACAGAAAGAAAAAUAGAGGGCGAGUAAGAAAACCUACUGAAACAGAAACACUGCCACUAUGUGUGGACAAAAGGAAGUUGUAUGUUAUAGCUCUGAACACUUGGAAAAAACCUAAAAGGAGAACAUGUUUGCGUAUGAAGUCUCAGCUAUAGGUUAGACUCCACAGAUACCAGCCGUGAUGAAAAAUUUUUUAAAAAACAAGAUGAGACUUUAAAAUAAGAGGAAGAAGAAAUCUAAGUGUAGCAAUAUGCUUGCAUGAAGAGGAAAUGGACUUUACAUUUUUAAAACUCAUUUAUUUGCAAUGCACGUGUAUACAUGGCAAAAAUUAUUAUAGACACAGAAUUUGUGUUUAUUUUUGUGUUUAGUAUUUAAACCUAAAUGUUGAAACAGCUUCCUCCUUAUCUUUAUUAACAGUAUAUGGCCAUUGUAUUUACUCAUUUUUUUGACACAAUGUAUGUGAUAGUUCACCAAAUAACAGUUUUCCUUAUUAGCCAUCUUCUGUACCUGUGCACAACCACAAUACAUACAGUUUCUUCUGUACUUGAAUAUGCAAAACUAAGCCACAGUGCCAUAAGAUUAACUUCACAUACAGAACAUAUUUUUUUUCCUGAGGUCCUGUGGACUUGCAAAAAAUAUAUAUAUAUAUUGCUCUGUUAAUUUUUUUAUAUUUCAUAUAUGUAAUAAAGGAAUAUGAUUUCCUGA